AUGGCAGCUCCAUCUAUGCGACUUUAUUGUACAUGGCAUGUUGAUAGAUGUUGGAGGAAGAAUAUCAAAUGUAAGAUUCAAGGUGUAGAAAAACAAGGUGAAGUAUACAAGCAAAUCAGAACUUUGAUGCAUGAGCAGGAUGUAGAUUCAUUUGAUGAGAUGUUAAAUAUUGUGCUAGAGAGAUUGGAAUGUGAUCCUGAUACAGUUCAAUUUGCCACAUACUUCCGAGACAACUAUGUUGGGAAUGCAAAUUGUUGGGCAUAUUGCCAUAGAUUGAAUGCUGGAAUCAAUACCAACAUGCAUAUAGAAAGAAUGCAUCGCACUAUUAAAUAUAUAUAUCUAGGUAGUAAAUGUGUCAAGCGUUUAGACAAAGCUAUUUUUGCAUUGAUGUCAUUUGUGAAGCACAAACUGUUUGACAGGCUUAUUGUGCUAAAUAAAGGUAAACUGACUAGUAAACUUAAGGACAUUUGCCUUCGGCAUAAAUCAGGGAAUAAUAUUAAGGAGGACUUCAUUACUAUGGAGUUUUUGGGUUGGAAAGUGCGUUCUUCUUCAAGAAGGUCAACAGAUUAUUUUGUAUAUGAUAAUGACUUUCAGUGCAACUGCAGAUUGAUGUGCAUUAAAUGCAGGGCUUGCAUUCAUAGGUAUUCUUGUACAUGUAUUGACUAUACCAUCAAAUGGAAUAUGUGCAAGCACAUACGUAGUGUUUGCCAGAUUCAGUUAAAGCAGGAACCUUCUGAACACCUAAGAAAUAGUGAAGUUACACUUACUGAGAGUGAAGAUAUUUCUGUUGUAGAUGAGAAAACAGAAAUACUAGCAGAGGUAACGAAAAAAAGUGUUAAUGAUUCUGUACCUUUGUCAGUCCAAAGAAGGGAACUUAUCACAGAGUUUUCUGGUAUUGUAUCUGAGCUGACCUCAAAUGACUUGGAAACUGCUAAAAAAAUGUUAUCAUCACUAACGGCAACUGUAGCUGUCGGAAUGUUGCAGCAAAAACAGGCACCACUGCAAAUAGAAAGGAAACAAUCACAAAAGAUUUUACCUCAACGUAGACUGUACUCUACAAAGAAAAACAAAAGGAGUAAUAAUGCAUCCCUGGUGCUACCAAAUUCAGAAGAAUCCAGUUUGAUCAAAUUAUCUCUACUGGCAGACAAAGAAGAUGCACUUGUGGAAAAAGGUUCAGCUGUUCAAAAGCAACCAACAAUAAAAAAUACAGAGGGUGUAGCAGGUCCAUUCCCCAUUACAGCAUGUGCCCUACAGCACAGCCCGACGAAUCGCUCAACUCCCAUGAUUCAGCCAAUAGCAAAACAGGCUGAGGUGGUAUCUAGUCCGUCUCUCGCUACAUCGUAUGUGCUGAAACACAGCCCGAGGAAUAGCUCAACUUCCACAAUUCAACCAAUACCAAAACAGGCUGUGGUGGUACCACAUCCGUCCAUCGGUACAGUGCGUGUGUUGCUACACAGCUCAACAAAUGGUGCUGUUCUCCCACAUUUAAACCAGUGACAGGGCAGGAUAAGAUGGUAUCAGUGCCUUCCCUUACUACAGCGCAUGUUCUGCAACACGGCUAUGGAAUGGUAUUAUAAAUUCAGGCAGUAUUUGUGGAUCCUUUCUGAUCUGAAAUUUUGCUUGUCAACUACAACCUUC